UUACAACUGUGUGCGUUGACUUUGCAAAAUUUUCUAAAAAAAAGUGUCAUUGUGUUUUAACAAAAGUUACAAGAAAAAUCAAACGAUUAAUAAAAUUAAACAAAAUAAUAUCUAAAGUAAAUUAAUAAAAUAAUUCCGAACAAUGACCGUCACCAACCGGAUGGACAUUGAUGCCGCCUGCAAGGGUGAGGGCUUUCGUUCAUAUUACAUACAAAAAAUCGAAGAACUGCAAUUGAUUGUAGCUGAAAAAUCACAAAAUUUAAGACGUCUGCAGGCUCAGCGUAACGAACUUAAUGCUAAAGUUCGCAUGCUGCGUGAAGAGUUGCAGCUUCUGCAGGAACAGGGCAGUUAUGUUGGUGAGGUUGUCAAGCCCAUGGAUAAGAAGAAAGUUUUGGUUAAGGUACAUCCAGAAGGUAAAUUUGUUGUAGACAUUGAUAAAAAUAUUGAUAUCAAUGAUGUUACUCCCAAUUGUCGCGUUGCUUUGCGCAAUGAAAGUUAUACCUUGCAUAAGAUUCUACCCAAUAAAGUUGAUCCUUUGGUAUCACUUAUGAUGGUGGAAAAAGUGCCCGAUUCUACUUACGAAAUGGUUGGUGGUUUGGAUAAACAAAUCAAAGAAAUUAAGGAAGUUAUUGAAUUGCCUGUUAAACAUCCUGAACUUUUCGAUGCUUUGGGUAUUGCCCAACCUAAGGGUGUUUUAUUGUAUGGUCCUCCUGGUACUGGUAAAACUCUACUGGCUCGUGCUGUUGCCCAUCAUACCGAGUGUACUUUUAUUCGUGUUUCCGGCUCGGAAUUGGUACAGAAAUUCAUUGGUGAAGGUUCCCGUAUGGUACGUGAAUUGUUCGUUAUGGCUCGUGAGCAUGCACCCUCUAUUAUCUUUAUGGAUGAAAUUGAUUCUAUUGGUUCUUCACGUAUCGAAUCUGGUUCGGGUGGUGAUUCUGAAGUACAACGUACCAUGUUGGAACUGUUGAAUCAGUUGGAUGGUUUUGAGGCUACCAAAAACAUUAAAGUCAUUAUGGCCACAAAUCGUAUUGAUAUUUUGGAUCCUGCCCUUUUGCGUCCCGGUCGUAUUGAUCGUAAAAUUGAAUUCCCACCACCAAAUGAGGAGGCUCGUUUGGAUAUUCUUAAAAUUCACUCUCGUAAAAUGAACCUGACGCGUGGCAUUAAUCUGCGUAAAAUUGCCGAACUUAUGCCAGGCGCUUCCGGUGCUGAGGUAAAGGGUGUGUGCACCGAAGCCGGUAUGUAUGCUUUGCGUGAGAGACGUGUUCACGUUACUCAGGAAGAUUUCGAAAUGGCCGUUGCUAAAGUUAUGCAAAAGGAUUCCGAAAAGAAUAUGUCUAUUAAGAAAUUGUGGAAAUAAAGAGUUUUUUGUGUGUAAUUCUUUUGUAGGCUUUGUAAGUUUUAUUUUUUUAUAAUUUUUCAUUGAGGUACUUUAAACUGCGAUUAUCGCUUAAUAUAAAUAAAUAUAUUAUAUCAAUUAUA